AUGUAUCUCGCUCGACAGCAGCAAGUGAGUGAGUAAAUAUACAUCGAUGUGUCGCUUUUUAAUUUAACCAGAAAUUAAGUACGAACUUGGAGUAGAUUAGUGCAUUUAAGGUCCAUAUGCCCAGACCGAGGUUUUCAUGCAUGAGAAUUUGAACCGAAAUCCAUUAGCCACAGCGGAUAAUCGCGUAAUAUUUAUUAACUGCCGACAGGCAGCUAGUAGUAUACUUUAGGGUAAGGUGAUAUCAUACUAACAGGGCGGGCGCUAACCAAAAUCCCAUACACACGGGUUUCGCCGAUAUUCUGCCGCUGCAUGACAGAGCUGUGAGGGUUUCGGCUCGUCAGUGGGUUCCCCAGCGUUUCCCGUCUCGUUUCUGGUAGAUAAUCCAAUUGGGAAAUCGUUGCUUUUUAAUGUCCUCAGAAAGUAACUACGAACUUGGAGUAGAUCAGUUUAUUCAGGGUCCAUAGACUUAGACUUUAGCUUACGCUACCAACCUUAAAAGCUGCGGCUCCGUCUGGUUCGGUUUUUCCGCGCUAAUGUGAAAGAGGGACGAUGGUGGCAUGCAAAGCACCUCCAUUCGCCGUCGACUGCUGAUUUCAGUGUUCACAAAGUGUGUAAGAGUGGGGUUUUAUGUUACCAACAACGAUGAAUGCAUUACAUUAUCUGCUUUACCGUACUGGUAACAAUCGAGAGAUGGCACCCAAGAAAAUCCGCCUAACCGAAACAGCCUGUCUUACGGGACAGGUAGUAAUAGGGGUUUUAUGGGUGAUGGCUGAUGGGAUGUACGCUACUAGUCGACAGAAAGCCUUAUUUGAACAGGUGAAUGAUCGAAGUUGGCCGGCUCUCCGUUCCGUUAUCGCAAAAUGAGUCGCCAAAGGCAGUAUAGUGGUAACGGACAAAUGGAAGACGUAUAAUCGCCUUCCCCCAGAAGGUUAUCUGCAUUCCUCUGUUAACCAUUCAAAGGACUUCAAGGACUCUACCACCGGCCGACACACCAAUGCCAUUAAGGCAUACUGGUGUAGACUGAAAAGGAAACUCCACGAGGGAGGCCCUGUGUGCGGUCGAGCUGUGUAGGCUCUUAUGCACGAAGUACAGUAUCGUCAUUGGUUUGGCUUCAAUGCCAUGUCUUUGACAGAUGACUGGGAACUGUUUUUGUCCCAUGUUAUGCAGACUUAUCCUAUUUAAAAGUGAUUUGUUUGGUAAUAAACUGCCAUAAUGCGAAUGUAUGCCGUAUAUUCAGGUGUGCGUGUGUAACGAUGGGGAAUGUUGGGUAACAGCGACCAUCGUCCAUGUAACCUCCUGCGAUGUUCUUUCGGCCAGCCCAUGUUAGGCGGUCGGGGAAAGUAUAAGUAGUGCGUAAAUGUAGGCCUGCAACCGUUGAUAUAGCCGGAAGGCGUUUGAGGCAACAGUUAAAGGCAUUAUUUCUAGGUAACGGAUUUUUUUGGGUGUCAUCUCCCGAUUGUUACCACCGUUAUUCCUCCUCGUGUGUGUCUGCAUUCGCCCAUCAAGUUCGUAGAGGGAGUUUGUUCGACAGGAACCAAAACGGACCCGACAUACAAUAUCCGAGAUCGCGACCUUUCGCUCCCAUUAUUUAUCACCACACCGUUGCUUCAGGUAAAUCAGCAUCGUCAGAGGUGAGCUCACAGACAGAAGGCUUGAAAGGUAAAAACCAGGUACGUUGCAGGCCACAUCGAUGUUUGUCUACUCACUCACUUGCCCCUGUGGAGCGAGAUGUAUUGACCGCACAACGAGACACCUAAAAAGAGAGUUCGUGAACACAUACCGGUCUAACUAGGCAGAGACGAAAAUAGAUUAAUUCCGAGUUCUAUUCCCGCACAUCUUGUCGAUACGAAUGACUGAGUCGAUGCCAAAGAGGCCUUUUAGGUUGUCUACCGGACACCAACAAACCUCCUCAGAGGCCUACGCCAACAGAUGCUAGCUACAGUUUUACCAGUGGCUAUACGGCAAGCGAAUCAAGUGAUAUGUUGUCAGUGGAUGUGGAAUCAGGCGCUCAGUUUUCUGUGACCAACGCCGACCCCAUAUGAUUAUUGCAUGCCAUCCCGACCCCCUGAUGGCAGUGAUGUAUACUCCACGUACCCGACUUACAAGCAUUGCCCACAGCCCAUGUCAACCUCUCCCCCUCGCCCCAAUGAUUAUAACACGGCGAACUAGUUGUUCGGGGUGGGGCGGGGAUAAUGAUAAUUUAUAGCCCCUGAGUCGUUUAUAAACCUUGCGGUCUUCUCAUGUUUUCGAUUUUUAUGCAAUUGUACAAACCGAAAACGCGUGUUUGCGCAUUUGACUUUUCAUUUCGAUGAUUUUUGAUGAAAUAACGAAUAAUUUUGGGUUUUAGUCACUUUGCCGUAUGGGCUAAGAAAUUCGGGAACGGGCAUAUGACGGUUGUUUUCUGGCUGCGUGUAUUUCAUAUUUCGUAUUCAGGUGGACUUGCACACCGUGUUGUAUUGCAGCUGCUUCCAUUCUUUUGCGACGAUUUCGAUGAGACUUGACAAAUGAGGGGAGAAUUCGCGAUGUCGAGUCCUACAAAUCGAUUAAGAAGGUUUCAAUAUUAGAUCAGGGAAGCGAACAGAUCGCCGAAUCAGGUUAUGAUGUUUGGAGAGACUGCGCCAACCGAGGUGGGUUUUUGGAUCGCUGAGCAUGUGCAUGUACUAAUCGGUGUUAACACACUCUCGAUCGAUGAGUUUCGUUCAUUAAUCCGUAGCGUUACUCUCAAGGGAACCUUCCAAUCGUUGCUUGGAAGCAGUCCUUUAACCAGCCGAUGGGAUUCAUGACCUCAAAAAUACUGGAAAAGUAAAAUAAUAUACGAAUCGACAUUCCGACCUUUAUUUCUGGCAUUAGCUGCCGAUUGCUUCAUAGAACCGUUGGAGUAAGGACGGUGACUUGCGCGCAAAUUGUCUUUUAGUGAUAGCAGACUUGCACUUUAUCUACCGCACUCUGUACUCUCCCCCACCAUGGCGCAGUAUCAUGAUAGAGUCAAGAAGGUCAGAGGCGAGAGAGGGCGCAGAUGACGUGCAUGGCAAAAACUCGCAUCUAGGUGCACUGUCUCACCCCCUGGUUCACAAAGUUCACUCAUCAACAAGAAAAGAAGGGGGAGUGACUUGGAUCCCAAAUUGCGCGAUGUCAGCCUGAACCUAGGCGUUCCUCCAUACUCCAAUAUUGGCAUUUUUUAUGGGUGCCCAUCCCGAAUAACGCCUACCGGACCCCGAUCUCUUUCUCGCGCUGUUCCAGCGUAUCUAACUAACAAAUCUCAUCUAAACAAAUUCGGCAAAUUAGCAUGGGAAAUUCUGGCAGCCAAAACAGUUAGCACGGAUAUAAUACAGCAUGAAUCACCAUCAAAAACUGUAAAGGAGGACAGCAUCUUUACCCAAAAGUUUUUCAGCCUUGGUCAGUGAAGUGACAAAAACUUGUUCAACGUCCUCUUUACGCCAACGGAAGGUCCAGCAAAUGGAUCAUAAGCACUUCAUCUUAACUAUAUACGGGAUCGUACUGGACGCGCCGGUCUUUUCUAACCAGCAGGUCGGGAGAUCGCUUCCAAGGUGUUGCACGACUGGAGAUUUGGUAUGACUGGCUGACGACGGUUAGUAGCCAGAAAUGAUAAUUCCAGUCUCUCUUGUUUGUGUCGGUAAUGUUCUCCUCUAUAUGUGUAUAUAACUGGAAUAUAAGUUGAUAUCAAGUAAGUUGUUUAGAAAAGCAAAAUAUAUACCCAAAGUUGCCGUUAGAAAUGCAGCGAAUUUCGAAAACAACUAACAUUCUCAGUUUGCCUAAAACAUUAUCGAUUACUGCGACUUGGCAUCGCUGAGAGUUUGUGCCAAACGGUAUUUGCCAUCGCCUCUGAUCUUCAUGCAUGCGUGAAUGAACGGAUGUCCGAUUUAACAUGGUGCGGUUCGAAUGCUGCGAUUUCAAUGCGCGGUUGCGUGUUACUGGUAGGUUGCGGAGCGGUUAUUACGCCGGCGGACUGUCUCUCGAGCGUUCAGGCAGACUUUCCGUAGUAACCGAAAAAGCCUGUCAAAAGAUCGUUACGCUAAGCUAACACUGUAUGUCGAUGAGCCAAACUGUCGCCGCUCUAAUGCCUCACCUGCUCCCAAUCUCCUUUAGAAACUGUAUGAGGCACUUUCUGAACUGACAAUGCAUCAGCUAGCGAAAUCGCCUUUGGAGUUAAUUUUGAACCUGAUUGGCCUCACGUUUGACGAACUGCCACCCAUUGACUUCGAUUUUUGGAAAGGAUUCUGUGCCGUUGCCGACCGCCUCCUCUUUUCCAGGCUCUUGUGAGUUUUAAAUUACUCUUUGCCCCCUGUAUGUGCUGAGGAUGCGGAAAAUUGAGAUUACUUGCCCCUUUUUAUUUUUUGCAGACAACGGGACAAGAAAAUGCUGACUUCAAAGGGAACCUUAGAAACGGCCGACUUCGCAACGGCAUUCAGGCAGUUUGAUGAGCUGAAUCUCACUCCCGAACUGGCCGCUCUUCUUCGCAUCAUUUAG